CGUGGACGUGGAAGUCGAAAGCCUUGCUUCAGCAGCGGCUCCGCCCACGACACACAGGACAGACUUUGACACACACAUAAAUACAGUCGCACGCUACCUCGCUCGCCCUCCUUCCGGUCUCCUUAUUAUUUCCAGUCUCAACUUCCCAAGGAUUCGCCGACCAAAGCGACAGAAACAGCCACGAUGUCGCUUUUCUACCAAAUUGUGUUCUUUGUCCUGGUUGCCGAGAUGGCAUUCUUCACCCUACUUAUAGCGCCAUUGCCGUUGUCGGUGCGCCGACCAAUGCUGCUUUGGAUGUCGAAAAGUCCACUUGUCACAAAACUCAAGCAGUAUCUGAAAAUCGUCUUUGUCUACGUAUUCAUCAUGUUCAUCGAUAGCCUAAACCGUGCAUUCAAACGACAAGCGGAAUCCGCCGAGCAAGUACACCACGUCGGCGUCAACAUGGGCAGCACGGACGCGUAUACACGCGCGAGGCUAUUCUACGAUCAAAGGAACCUAUACCUAACCGGAGCGGUCCUGUUUCUUUCCAUGGUUCUCAACCGGUUCUUGGCCAUGGUCACUGAGCUGAUGGUCAAUGAGAGCAAGACGGACAAGCUGAAGCAGCAGGCGGCAUCGCAGUCGACUGAGUACAUGCGGCUUCUCGACAAGGACCAAGAUCGCACAAAAGAAAUCACCACCCUCAAAAAGGAGGUUGAGGAAUUACUCGGCAAAGCGCGAGAAGUCGACAUCAUCAAGAAGCAAGCUAAACAGACGCACGACGAGUACAUGCGAUUGACCGACCGCUAUGUGGAGCUGGAGCGCAAGGCAGGUGGUGGAUCUGAUGACCGAAGGAAAGACAAGUGAUGGGAAACAUUCCGCCAUAAGGGGGUUGGAGUUCCGUCCCGAGUUACGGAGAGAGAAGGCAUUUUAUAUAGACGUCUGAACGUACAAAUGUAUAUGUGCAUGUGCAAAAAUUACUUCAUCUAGACGGUGCUUCAUGUUGAACGGUGCGCCCUACCCGGAAAGGACAGCCGAGACAGCCGAAAACCAAGCGCAGAGUGCGCACAGCUGG